AUGUCAUAUAAGAAUAUAAAAAAUAAACAUAAUUCUCAAAUAUAUAAUACAUUGAAUAAUUUAUUAAUUUAUGAGAACAAAAAUGAAGAUAUGGAUAUACCCAUUAGUGAUAUUAAUAGUUAUAAUUCAGAUGAAGAGAAUGAUUCUAUAUAUUUGAAAGAUACAAAAAUAAAAAAUAAAAAAGAUUACAAAAAUGUUAGUGAUAAUAAUGAUGAGUUAGAUAAUAUGGGUAUAACUCAAGGUGUUGAUGAAAAGAAAAAGAAACUUUAUGAUGAUAUAAAAAAUAAGGAUAUUUAUAAUGACAUUAAAAAUAAAGAUAUUUAUAAUAACAUUAAAAAUAAAGAUAUUUAUAAUAACAUUAAAAAUAAAGAUAUUUAUAAUAACAUUAAAAAUCAAGAUAUUUAUAAUAACAUUAAAAAUCAAGAUAUUUAUAAUAACAUUAAUAAUAAUAACAAAAAUAUUCAUAUUAGUAUAUAUGAUGGUCAAAAGAAACGUUAUGGGGAGCAUCACAAAGACAAAGUAAAAUGUAGGGAAGAAGAAAAUAUAUUAUAUCAUAAAAAUUUUGAAAAAGAAAAGAAUAAUGACACUGUAGAGGGAGAUGAAUGUAAUUAUAAAAUAAAUAUUGGUAAGAAAGAUAUAUCAUCUAAUGAAAUUAUGAACAGAAGUAAAAUAUUUUAUAAAGAAUGUAUGUCAGAUGAGAAAAAUGAAAGUAAGAAUGUAACAAUUGAAAAUAAUACAGUUGAUGAAAUUGUAGAAAAUUUGGGAGAUAAGACAUGUACAUAUGAAGAAGAUGAUUACAUAAAUAAAAUGACUAUGAAGAAAAAAGAGAAUAUAGAAGAAGGAAUAAAAUUAUUAUCAAAUUUGAAGGAUGAUGUUGUGAUUGGAUGUAUGGAAAAUAAGGUAGAUCAAAAUAAAAUAAAGAUAUCACAAAGUAUUAAUGAUAAAAUAAAAGUAACAUAUAAUGAUUGUAAGGAUAAUGGAUAUGUAAAAAAUUGUGAUAAAUAUAAAAAGAAAUAUAAUAAUAAAAGUAAUAAUAAUAAUAAGAAGAAUUAUAAUAAUGUGAGCAGUUUUUUAUAUCAUAACGAUGCAGAUAUGUGUGCCGACACAACAUUUUCAAGUCUUAUAAAUAAAGAUAGAAUAUACCAUUUUGAUCAGUCCGAUUUAUAUUUUCAAAGAAAUUUUGUAGAAUCACAGAAAAAAUUAGAAUCUAAAAAGGAAAGUAUAACAUUUUCUUUUAGAGAUAAUCAUUGUGAUGAUUUAAAAAAUGUUGAUGAUAGGUGUAGUAAAUUUUUUCACAACGAUAAGGAUGAAUAUACAAAUUAUAUGUUAAUAAAAGAUGGCAAUAAAAAAAACGAAUUGAAAGAAAAAAGGGAUAAAUCGUCUAUUCUUUGUAAUGGGCAUGUUUUAUAUGGUAAUAAAUCGGUUGAUAGGUUAUAUAAUAAUAAGUGUAUAAAUAAGAAGAGAGAAGUUAAGAUGAAUGACAAUAAAAUCAUGAAAUUAAAAGAAAAAUCAUGUGAUAAUAAAAUAUAUUCUAUAUAUAAUAGAAUAAAAAAGAAGGAAGAGAAUAUUUGUGUAACGGAUGAUAUGCAAAAUAAAAAAAAGAUACAAGAGAAAAACAAAAUACAUAUUAAAUUACAAAAUAUUUUUGAUAUGAAGACAUGUAAGAAGAACAAUGAUAUGUUUACUUGUCCUAUGAAAACGGAGAAACAGAUUGAUGCUUAUAAGAAUUAUGGAAAUAGAAUAUAUAGAUGGGUUGUAAAAAAUAAUUAUUUUAAUUAUCCUACAUCUAUUAAAGGAAAAGAUAACAAGGUUAAUAAUAAUGUUGAUGAUGAAAAAAAAUCAGUUCAAAAAAAAAUAUAUGAAAGUAAAUUAUCUGAUAAAACAAAGGAGGAAAUGAAAACUGAAAGUUUAAAUCAUACGACUAGUAUUAAGAAUAAAAAGGGCAUUUUAAAAAAAAAUAAAUCAAUGAUUUAUAGAGAUAAUAAAAAUAUGAAUGGAUUCAAAAUGAGAAAUAAUUUGUUGAAUAUUUUGGAUACAUCAAAAUUAUAUCCUAAAUGUGAGCUUAUUUGUAGAAUUAAAAAGUCAUAA